AUUUUGAAUUAACUUAUUUGACCGAUGCCAAUAAAACCAUAUUUAGAGUUUUAAUAAAUUAUUGUUGCCCUUUUGUUUAAAACCUUAAUGCAUUAUUUUUAAUUACCAAUGCUUGGGAUCAGUUGAUCAUCCAAAUAAAAUAAACCAAGUCAUGUCACAUGUAUACAUUGCAUUAGGGCAUACAUUUUUACUUCUGAUUGUAUUGUGUGUUUAUGUAUGCAAUGUUUGUAUUUGAUUAGUUUUCUUGGAGAGCGAACUGUGCGAUUGUGAAGAGUGUUUGAAUACCAACUGCUAUCAAGAUGGGAAGCCCAACACCGUUCGGCAACGUACCGCUGUUUACUAGAGUCUACUACCCCUCCACGGACGACGACCAGUUGUUCAGUGCCCCUUUGGCGGCACUGUGUGCGUCUCUUGACCUGCCACCACCCAGGUUCAGAGGCCGAGUCGAGCCCACCGUGCCAGAAGGAUGGCAGCCACGGUGGGAGAUUGAGGUGAAGAUCCGUGGGCGUGACAUCGCGCCCGCUACACAGGAUAUCACCUUCAUCGCCCGCUACCCCACCUUUGAGCAAGGCCUUCAGUUCGCCAUGCAGUGCGCCUUCGCGCAGGUGUGCCGGGACUAUCGGCACGAGUUCCCCGAGGACUCCCCCUUCCUCCUCUUUGGAAGGCGGAACCAUGCAUGCUCGGCAGUGGCUACAACGAACGACAAGGGUGCCACUCCAGUGAAGACCCACUUCGAGAACAUGGAGAUUAACACCGUGGACUUGGAAUCUUGCCUCGAGCAUGAGAUGACCAGGACCGACCUGGCCGAGGAGCAGAUUGGUAAUCUGUUGGGAGAGAAGACUCAGUGGCAGGAAGACAAGGCAUUGUUGCAGAACACUGCCGUCAAUAUGGAAGGAGUCAUCAAUCAGUUGCUGUAUGAGAGGGACCAAGCUCGUUUCUACCGCGAGAAGUUCAAGACGUUCCUCAAGGCCACCACCCCAGCCGAACCUGCAGACCUGAGAGAGCAGGCCUGCUACUACAGCGAGCGGUUUAAGGCUUUCAUGGUAGCCGCAGCCGCCGCCGAGCCAGCACCGGCUGCCGCACCGGCACUAGACCAGGCCCCACCUCCACCGCAAGAUCAGGAGGUGGUACCACAGGAGGUAGUGCCGACUGAGGAAGAGGAGCCCCAGGAGGUCCACGAGAUGGACACCCCUGCCACCAACACCCGCUCCAAGAGGAAGAGGGUGAAUGGAGCCGCGACAUCAGCCACACCUCCCUAGUCUCGAUGCCUGCCAGACUUUAUCAGUUAUUUACCGUUAUCAGCUUUGCGAGUUAGUCAUUGACCAUACAAUCUAUGUGUAUGGCAAUGUAGAUCGAUUGCAUUUUUUUCCCGUACUCUCUUUUUUUGGGCAGUACCCCAUCAUGAACAAGUGUGUUUUUGCUAUAAUUUUCAAACCUUUUUAUGAUUG